AUGUCGGUUUCACGCAUGAUCCCCCGCCUCGUGCGGGCUUCCGCAUCUCCCAUGGCCGUCCCAACCGCGUUCCGCCGCUCGUUCGGCAGCUCGGUUGUUUGCGCAAAGGACAAUGACGGCCCUCGAGGCCCUUCAACGCCCUCGACGGCGCCCGAGUAUCGCCAAAACCAGACGUCCAAGCCGCCCAACCAGUUCAUGCCCAAUUCGACCUCGACCAUGACCAAUGACUAUCCCAAGGUCGGGGAGAAGGCGUCGCCGCCGGAGCUCCUGAACUCGGUCGAUCCGAACUACCGCCCGGCGGACCCCUACUCCGGAAAGGUCCAGCAUUUCACCGGCGGCAGACAGGAGCCCGGCGCGCAGAAGCCGGAGCUGGGACUGGGUGAGAUGGAGGGUAUUACGUUCAAGGUUGAGCCGCUGCAGCGGUCGGGCGAGGAUACGACUACCAUGCGGGCGCGGUUGCUCUACCAAAGCCGCAAGCGCGGUAUUCUCGAGUCUGAUCUGCUGCUCUCUACGUUCGCCGAUGUCUACCUCGCCAAGAUGAACCACGAGCAGCUGCAGGAGUACGACCGCUUCCUGGACGAGAACGACUGGGACAUUUACUACUGGGCGACGCAGGAUGCUCCCGAAGAAGGGACACCCGCCGAAGAUACGCCCACGGAGACCUGGCAGCGCACGGGGGCCAAGAGCGGCGAAUGGCGGCAGACGAUCGGUGCCUUCAAGGCGGCAUACCGGCCGGUGCCUACGCGAUGGGCCGACUCGGAGGUUCUGAGACUUCUUCGCGAGCAUGUGCGGGAUAACAGUGCUACUGGGUUCCAUGCAGCGAAGAACAAGAAGACCGGGGGGAGUGGGUUGGGGCGGAUGCCCAACAUCCAGGUGUUUGAUUCGUGA